UUGACUUGACUGACGUUUACAUUGGCGUUCUUUUUCGUCUCCGUUUACGUUUUUGAGAAAAGUUGUAAUAUUUAUGAAUUAAAUAUCUCUGAAAAUUGUGGCUUUCCGAUGUAUUCGCUUAUACCAUGCUAAAUUGAUACAAGGAACAAAGUGAUCUACCAUGAGUAACAAUUUAGAGAAUGAAAGAACAAUUACUCCUGGCAAAAUGUAUCCAAUUGAUUUGGCACCACAGAAAAUAACUAUCGUUAAAAGUGUAUCCAAUUCCGAAGUGAAAAUGACUCACUUGAUCACAAGCCAGCCCAAGACAACAGGUGCAGGUCAAAUAAUCACUCACGCCGGGUCUAUGGGCUUGAUUCGUCCUGCCACUCAAAUUCUAACUCCUGGCGUCGGUUCGCAACAACAGAUGAUUGUCAGUGGAUCCCCAAUCCUUCAAGGGGCAUCAAUAGUGAGCCAGGGCUCCCAGCUCUUGGGGCAGAGUUCCCAGAUCAUAACUCCACAGUUGCUCAGUGGCCAGAUACUGCAGCCCGCAACGCAGAUCAUUAGCCAGGGGACUCAGCUGUCUGUGCAAGUGUCUAGUUCCAGCCCUAGUGUGCAAGUCAGUGUGGCUUCCCCAGUUAGCGGAACACAGGUGUUGAAUAUGGGCAGCCUGGGUGGACAACUGGUCACAGGCACUGGUAACCUGGUGGUGAGCUCCUCCGUGCGCACGCUGCCGCAGAGCGUGCGCGUGCUGCCGCCGCUGCCCCACCAUAACACCAGACCAGUUCUGACAAGCGGGGCCCCUCACAGCGGGGUGCUGGUGAGCAAGACGGGGUCCGCGCACGCGCCGGUCAGCAAGCCGGCCCCCAGCCACGUGCCGCGCGGGCUCGCGGCCGGCGCCUCGCUGGCGCUGCGCCCCACCCAGCCGGCACAAGGUUGGCCGAGCGGGCGCGCCCGCGGCGCCCUGGUGUACACGGCGCGCGCGCCGCGCGGCCCCGCCCCCGCGCCGCGCGGCCCCGCCCCCGCGCCCGCCCCGCCCCCGCCGGGCCCCGCCCCCGCGCCGCAGCACGCCGCCCUCGUCACGCUGCCCAACACCACUGUGCUCGCCUCGAGCCUCUCAAGCGGCGUGAUCGCGGGCGCGGUGCGCGCGCCGGCCGCUCGCCCUCUGCCGCUUCUUACCAGGAAUUACCAGCCCGCUAAGGUGGUUGGUGUCGGCGUGGGUAACAGUGCACCUCCACAGUUAUACUACGAGGUGCCUCGCGCGCCACCGCCGCAGUCGCACGCGCAACCCCAGACACAACCGCAGCCGCAACCGCUAGUGACUUCAGUGAGUGUGGUGAACGCAGUGCAGGCGCUGACAGAGAUCCGCGGUGCGGCGCCCGCGCAGCCCGGCGCGCCGCGACCGUCCAUACUGAGGAAACGGGAUGCUGAAGGGUCACCGACAAAGCAAGCCGCGUUGUACGGGCGCACGGGGUGGGAGGACGUGCCCGCCGGCGGCGGCUCGGGCUCGGGCGGCUCCACCACCAUGUCGGCCUCCUCCUCCCCCGCGCCCGACACGCCCCCCCACACCCACCCCCACCCCGACCUCUCGCCCAGGAAGAAGCCGCGCAAGCAGAUGCUCACCAAUGACGUCCGGCAAUGCGAGUUCCCCGCCGAGGAUGCGCCCCCCACUCCACCCCCCGUCGAGGUGAAACCGCCGCCAAAAAGGCCGCUGCUGAGCUCGAGCUACGUGUGCGGCUGGCGCGCGACGGCGCUGCACUUCCUGCGGCCGGGCGACGUGCGGCGCCGCGAGCCGCGCGCGCGCGACAUCCUCGCGCUCGCCUCGCAGCGGCACGUGCUCGGCACCGCCGACGGGUGGAAGGUGCACCACCUCACCGCGCAGAUGGACGACCUGGUGUCGUUGGAGGCGGACGUGGGAUCGCAGCUGGCGGGCGUGCUGCGCGCGCUGGAGGCGCUGCCGAACCGCGCCACCGCCGCCCUGCAACCGCACUCGCACACCCUACUCGAGCUGCUCAAGGGCAACAUUCAAAGAAGCAAGAUAGUCUGCGAAGGCAUCCAGGAAGCCCGCGAGGACAUCCUCCGAGUAUUCACACACCGAAACUUCGUGUCCGACAUUCUGACGCGGCAGGCCGACAAGCGGAGUUUCCGGAAACACAGAUCACAGUCAUAAUUAACAGGCAACACCACGAAAAUGUUACGCGUAGCUCUAAUGACAUUGACUGAUAGUCUA